AAAACAACCGUUUCCAAGUAGGUAUCUUUGGAAUAUAGCUAACUGGGAAAAAUGUCGAAAGCGAAAUUUGUUUCGGGGCCUAGCCAGCCUAGGCCAUCGCCAUCGGCUCUUGCGGAUGGUCCAUUUGAGCGAAUUGUCCGUCUAGCUUUUGACCUGCAAGAGCCCAACUCUCUCAUACCUACAAUCGUCACAAGAGACGGGCCCUUUGCCGUAGAGGGUCCCACGGCUGUGCCCCGGCAAGCCCUCACCGUCGUCCCACUGCUCAACAUCGCCGAAGCCUGUCGCCAACCAUCCCCACCACCGCCUUCACCCCACGCCAGCUCCCACCACCUAGCCCAGCCCCGCGCCCCGCACCCCCACGUCGCCCGCCCCUCCCUGCCCCCUCCGCCCCCACGUAUGGACGCCGCCGGCAUCUCCCUCCCCGGCUACGCCCCCGGUUACAAGGACCGAAACCAGGACAGCGCGCUCCUGCUCGACACCUUUCUCAGCAACCGCCAGCAGCUACUCGCAG